AUGGCCCUCUGGACGAAGCUUAUGUUCAUCCUACUGACCCAGCUUGCUCGACGGAUGACGUAUGACAGGAGACACCACGUUCCACGUUACCACGAGUGGAUGUCCGAUCCAGCCGUACGCGAGGCGACAGCAUCCGAACCAUUGACGUUGGAGGAAGAGUUCGCAAUGCAAGGUCAUUCGAAUCGGCAAACUCACACGCCAGGUGCUGUGAUUCUGAGCUUUGGCUGGGCUGAAACUGAACUCGGCCAACCUUCGUGGUGCGAUGUCCUUCUGCAGAGUCGUGGAGAGUCGACCAAGAUAGUGAGCACACGGCAAACAUCCAAGCGUAGAGUAGGAAGGAGCAAUCACCUGACCACUCACCGCUUGAUCUUUGCCCACAGAGAUGACCUUCAUCGUGCUCGCCCAGACAGAACCCACACCUCUUGACGCCUCAGCCACCAUAGACCAGCUUCGAAACCAUGACGCCUCGGAUGCGAUGAUCGGAGAUGUCAAUGUGUUCCUCUCGACAAUGUACCCAUCCGACGAUGAGGAGGGAGCCGACCUCGAAUCGAGCUCGAAUCCUCGGGCUCGGGAGCGACAUCCUUUGCCUACGGGACGGCGGCAGUGCGAGGUGGAGAUCAUGAUCCCAAUGGCAUCGAAUCAACGCAAAGGAUAUGCGUUCGAGGCGCUCCGCAUCUUUCUGCCUUACGUUUCCCAUGUGCUCGGUAUCCCCCCGAACAACUUUUUUGCGCGGAUAGGGGCGACCAACUCGGCGAGCUUGGACUUGUUCGAGCACAAGUUGGGCUUCGAGAGGGGUAGCACAAGCGUAUUCGACGAAGUAGAAAUGACUUGUUCACACGACGAGUGGAACUUUCCCAAGGUGCCGACGGCGUCGCUAGAGUAUCCGGCGACACCAUCAUCUCUUUUGUCCCACCAUGCACACCAUGGCUGA